AUGACUUCCUCCAGCAGUCUCCUGUCUGAAGAUCAGUUCCUGUGUUCUGUCUGUCUGGAUGUGUUCACUGACCCUGUCUCUACUCCAUGUGGUCACAACUUCUGUGUGACCUGUCUCAAUAAACACUGGGACAGCACCCAGCACUGCCAGUGUCCACUCUGUAAGGAGCAGUUUAAUAUAAGACCUGAGCUCAAAAUUAAUACAAUACUUAGAGAAGUUGUAGAUCAUUUUAAGAAAAAGGGAGACCUUGUCAAACCUGGAGAAGUGUCCUGUGAUGUCUGUACUGCUCAGAAACUGAAGGCUGUGAAGUCCUGUCUGGACUGUGGGUUGAGUUACUGUGAAACUCACCUGGAGCCUCAUAAAAUUAAAGCAAAACUAAAAAAACACAAACUGAUGGAUCCUGUGGAGAACCUGGAGGACUAUAUAUGCCAGAAACAUGAGAGACCCCUGGAGCUGUUCUGCAGAGAUGACCAGACAUGUGUGUGUCAGUUCUGUACUGAGGGAGACCACAAGACUCACAACACUGUUCCCCUAGAGGAGGAGAAUGAGGAGAGAAAGUCUCAGCUGGGGAAAACACAGACAGAAGUGCAGCACAUGAUCCAGGACAAACUGAAGAAGAUUAAAGAGAUCAAACACUCAGUAGAGCUCAGCAAAACAAACACGGAGAGACAGAUAGCAGACAGUGUGAAGGUGUUCAGUUCUCUGAUUGGCUGUAUUGAGAGAAGUCGGGCUGAGCUGAUUGAGCUGAUGAAGGAGAAACAGAAAGCAGCAGAGAGGCAGGCUGAAGGUCUCAUUAAAGAGCUGGAGCAGGAGAUCACUGAGCUGAAGAGGAGAGGCACUGAGCUGGAGCAGCUCUCCCACUUUGAAGAUCACCUCCACCUCCUACAGGUUUACCCAACACUGUGCAGCCCUCCACACACCACACACUCCACUGACAUCAGUAUUGACCCUCAUCUGCGUGUGGACACUCUGAGGAAAACUCUGGAACAGCUGGAGAAAAAAUUCCGUGAGGAAGUCGGGCGAGAGUGUGAGAAAGAGCAGAAGGAGACUAUAUGCAGUGACCUCAAAUUCUCUACAUUGUCUACAGUGGAUGUGACUCUGGAUCCUGAUACAGCACAUCCCAAACUCAUCCUGUCUGAUGAUGGAAAACAAGUGGAACAUGGAAACACACGACAGAAUUUCCCUGACAACCCAGAGAGGUUUGAUAGAUGUCCCUGUGUCCUGGGGAAAGAGGGGUUCUCCUCAGGGAGAUUUUACUAUGAGGUGGAGGUCAGGGGGAAAACUGCAUGGGAUUUAGGAGUGGCCAGAGAGUCAAUUAACAGGAAGGGAAAGAUUACAUUAAGCCCUGAGGAUGGACACUGGACUAUAUAUCUGAGGAAUGGGGAUGAGUAUGAGGCUCUUGCUGAUCCUGAUGUCCUCCUCUCUCUGAGACAGAAGCCCCAGACAGUGGGGGUGUUUGUGGAUUAUGAGGAGGGUCUGGUCUCCUUUUAUGAUGUGGAGGCCAGUUCUCAUAUCUACUCUUUCACUGCUCAGUCUUUCACUGAGAAACUCUAUCCAUACUUCAGCCCUUGUAAUAAUGAUGAAGGUAAAAACUCUGCUCCACUGGUCAUCACUCCUGUCAGAUAA